GUGUCAUGUCCGCCGCACUUCGUUGCGUUGAUUUGGAUUUUCGUUCGUCUAAUCUUCUAUUAGUGUGAAGUUGUUCAGGUUAAAAAGUGUAUAUAAAUAAUCUGAAUUUAGCACUUGGUGGUCGCCGAGGAAUGAUUAGAUUAUGUUUACAAAAUAGUCUUGUAACUUUUAAGAUUUAGGGUUUAAGAAUAAAUGCAUGUAAUUACCUCAUAAUGGGCGACCUAUUGUUGAAAUGUCCCUUAUGUUGUAGCGAGGUAUUUCAUUCUAGAGAGAUGUUAGUUCAUCACUUGUCUAAAGUUUGGCUUAAUUUGCGCUGUCCAGUAUGCAAUGAUGAAUGUUCCUCAAUAUCACAUAUGCUAGAUCAUUUAAAUCAAAGUAAUUGUGUACCAAAGCCUAAGAAGACUGAGGUGGUGACCUCAGGCCCUAUAGUUUCGGCGGCAAUUCAUAAUAUUGCUGAAGGGACUCCAACUCUAGCACAUCACAAUGUAACAGAAAAUCAAGCAGAUCAGAUGUUAAACCAAUCCCAAGAUGUGUCAGAUAUAAAUAGAAUGUACGUAGAACUACUGAAUAAGCAGCUCACCAAGCCCUGCCUCCAGACGCAGGAACUGAAGCUGGUGAAGGAGGAUGGUGAGAGCCGGUAUGUCAUAGUCACGCAGGAAGAUACCAUGUUGAAUUCUGGAAGCACGGUGUUCACUAAGCAGAAUAGUGAUGGCACUAUUUCAUUGACUACAGUUAAAGACAUGAAGUUAGAGGCAGCCGACCCUGACCCACUCAUGCCUGAGAAUGAACCAGAGGAGUCCCAGGAAAUCUACAGCUGCAACACAUGUGGGGUGUCCUUCUCCUCCGUCAUAGAGCACAUACAGAACUAUCACAAUGAUCAGGAAGUUGUUGUUGAGGAGUCGCUAGAUAGCUGCCAGUUACCUAUGGAAUAUGAGCAAAUGAAUGGUGAGGAUGUAACAACCGGGGAGCUGCAACAGUCUCGGCGCGUCAUCACGGACACCGGAGAUAUUGUGGAAGCACCUGUCCUGCUCAAUGCUACUUUAGAUGAUAGUCAUUUAUCAAUGGAACCUUUAACCACGGAUUUGUUAGUAGAGAGGAAGUCGAAGCCUCCGCGGCCCGUCGCGAUGGUUGAGAAAAAAAUGGUGCAAGUUGACAGCGUUGUCACUAAUUUGAAGCAAAAGGAAGAUAUUAAAAAAGGUCCCUACCACAAGGUUAUAGUGAAAGAAAUGCAAAUGCUGGAAGGAGGCAAAAAAGUGAAAGUGUACAACUGUAUGACUUGUAACAUCUACGUCACUUCGCUGGACGAGUUCAAGUCACAACCGUGUAAACCUCAAAAAUUCCAAUGCCCACACUGCUCAGUUGCAUAUGAAAAUUCUAAGUCAUUAAGUGCUCAUAUGAAAAUCCACAAAGCUCAUGAAGAGACGGACUCGACAGGGCCGUUCAAAUGUGAUAUUUGUUCAACCAUAUUUCCCAGUAACAAAUCGUUAAAGCUGCACAAACGGAUGCACGAUCCAGUCAAAGCACGACCAAUAGAACUACCCGUAGAAUCCGAAGGCACAGAGACCAGCAACAACAAGUACAUCUGCUCGAUAUGCGACAAGCUAAUCCCUAUCGACUACCGCGCGGUUCACAACAACUCGCACAACACGGACAAUAAGUACAACUGUGAUAUAUGCAACCGCAAGUUCCACUCUAGUGAAUAUCUCGAGAUGCAUAUGAGCGUGCACAACUUAGAUAAGGCGCCAGUGAACAAGCAAGACAAGUCCCUUCCGUACAACUGCUCGUACUGUACGCGGCAGUUCGCGCGCCCGCACGAGAAGGUCAAGCAUGAGAGAAUACACACUGGCGAAAAACCACACUCGUGCGAAAUCUGCGGCAAAUCGUUCCGCGUGUCGUAUUGUCUGACGCUACACAUGCGCACACACACCGGCGCGCGGCCCUACGCCUGCCCACAUUGCAACAAGAGGUUUAAAGCGCACAGCGUAUACAACCAUCAUCUAUUAACGCAUUCCGAAGUGCGCGCGUACAAAUGCCCAUACUGCCCGAAGGCGUUUAAAACGAGCGUCCAACUGGCGGGGCACAAGAACUCACAUACGAAACCAUUCUCCUGCCAACAUUGUAACAGGCCUUUCGCAUCACUAUACGCGGUACGAGCUCACACAGAAACGCACGCGCGGCAGAACAACUUAAAGUUCGCAUGCACAUUAUGUGGGGCGAGCUACGCGCGAACAUUCGCGCUCAAGGACCACAUCAAACAAGUUCAUAAUAAGGAGUUAGACGCUGUCAAUAAAACGACGGUGGAUCUCAAGGAGGAGGGCUGGAUAUUGUCGGAGGGUGACAUACAAGGCAUGGAUGGAAGACAGGACGUAGACGAUAUGCAGGUGUCUCUAGACAAAAGUGUGCCAAAUGAGAUAAAUCAACUGGUAAUAAAUACAAACGAAGCAGAGUCUGUGAUGAUUUAUGGGAGUCCUAAGUGAAAUAAUUAGUAAUAAGAUAAUUAAAACUUUAAAAAAGGUUCGCUCUGACCGCAUAUGUAUAAUAUUCGAUGUUUUAUAUGUUUUCUAGGUACGCGGUUACCUAAGCAAUAAUCGUAAUCACAAAUUAUUUUUAUAUAAAAAUUUUGAUGAGCUGUAAAAUAAAUCAAAUUGUAAACAUUUUACGCAUAUUUUUGUACAGUGUUUUUGUUUGGGAAUGAACACAUUUUAAGGGAUUAUUGUGUCUAAUGAGGUAAUUAAGAACAAAGGAUUAUCUGUGGUAUUAUCCUUCUGGUAAUUUUAAUGACCGCCGUGGGCUUUUGCGAGACCUCCUACAGUCAUUCAUUCACGAAGUCGCGCGCGUUAACUCGUAAUUUCAAGUUAUUUAAGGUCAUGUUUGACUAAGCUGGGUGACAUUUUGGAUGACACGAAUUUUAUCUAAUCGCUUUUGCUCACUGAUUUGCGUGUCUUUGUCGUGGUUUUAUUUUAUUACUGGUGCUACUUGCGGGGAGGUAUAAAAGUUUAUGGUCUGAUUUUAGCACAAUUUGAUUUUUAUUUUAUUUCUUCACAUUCAAGUCAUAUGUAAUACGCUUCUUUUAUAUUAUUUUACUUAUUGAUUGUGAUCGAUAAUAUCUUGAUAUUUAGCAAAGGCUUUGUGAGUUGUAUAUAAAGAGCUAAUAGCAUAAUAAAAGGUAAACAGAGUCAGGCCAAGCUAAGUUGACAGUGAUUAAAUUAUGCGAGUGUUAUUUUUAAAUGUUUAACUUAAAUUUAAUUAUGCUAUGACUAUUGCGUACCUAACACUUGCACAGCCGGAUUAUAAAAAUCUCUACCAAAUUAGCUUGAUCCGAUAUAAUCUAUAGAUAGUGCUCAUCCUGAAAUUACGCCAGGCGUAUUUAAAUAAUUUGUCGAAUUUGUUUCAUAAAAAAAAAUUAGAAAAGAAUUCCAAACCCAAACAAAAAAAAUAAAAAUCGAUUUGACAUUGCAAAAACUAUUAUCGAAAGUAUGUAUAAGCUUUCACACUGACUUGUUUGAUGUCACAAAGUUUAUUACCCUCCCUAACUUGACAAUUUCUUGACCCCCCUUCUAGUCUCUAAACGUGUGACGUGAUUAAUGGAUGACCCCUGAAGUAUUGGAUCCUUAUUGUCAAUAAACUUUUUUCUUAAAAGCAAAUAUUCAUAAAUAUUAUUGGUUGGGCCGGAUUGAAUAAUGAAAUUAAUAAAAUACAAGUACAUAUUUUACUAAUAGUAAGUAUGUAUGUAAAAUCACUAAUAGUAGGUAUUAACUUGUAUUUUAUUAUGCUUUUAAAUACUACCUACAAUGUAACUAAAGCAGUCUUACUAUAAACAUAUAAGUAUGUACCUAGUUAUUAUUGUAAUUCACUGCAAAAUUUACCAAAAUGAAUAUAGUGUAAAUAAAUUGGUGAA